AUGGCAGGCACCUUCUUUCGUUUAUUCGUGAUUCUUCUAGGGCUUUCUCAUCUUAUGUGCUUGAAAGCAGUACCAGUUUCAAGAAUUGAAAACAUUAUGCAAGGCCCGCAGGUUCACCUUACAAUGGAGAAGAGUCACAAGGUGGUUAUCACUGAGAAAUACUGGCACUUGGAGGAACUAACCAUUACUGGGAGGAUGGAAUUGGAACUCCACGACUAUAACCCAUCAGGGCCUAAUGGUCGUCACACUCCAAGAGCACCAUAG